UUAAGCAACAACUUUAAAACCCAAGAAUAGCCAAAGAAAAUCACAAACCAGUUGGGUCAAAAUUUCCAUGGAGCCAAACAGAGUGUCUUCCUUGCUAGUACUAUUAACAGUAACCAUCAUUUCUCUCUUCUGUUCGGUCGUCGGAGACCAGAACAAGUUGCCGGGAAAAUGGGAGUUAGUCACCGGCAACUGUGGAAUCUCGGCAAUGCAUAUGCAGUUAUUGCCAGACAACAAUGUAAUCAUCUUCGAUUGGACUAGAAUGGGCCACUCCAACAUUUCAUUGCCGAGGUAUGCAGAAUGUGAUAAUCUGGACUGCUCUGCUCACUCGAUUGAAUUCAAUCCGAUGAAGAAUACUGUCCGGCCACUCUACAUUGUCACCAACACAUGGUGUUCGUCGGGAUCGUUGUCUCCGCACGGGGUGUUGAUUCAGACCGGAGGGACUGAUCUUGGAGAGAAUGUGACUCGGUACUUCAAGCCAUUUGUGGGUGGCGAUUGGAUUGAAGAUCCAAAUGGAUUACUCGUGCCGAGAUGGUAUGCUUCGAAUCAAAUCCUUCCGAACGGGAAAAUCAUUGUCGUCGGUGGUCGAGGUCAAUUCAAUUACGAAUUCAUCCCCAAAUCAAAACCCAAUUACGACAAGCUCUAUCCUCUCAAAUUCCUUGAAGAAACAAUGUAUGAUCCUUAUGUUCAAGACAAUUUGUACCCUUUUUUGCACCUCUGUCCGGACGGGAAUUUGUUCAUCUUCGCAAACGACAGAGCAAUUCUUCUCGACUAUGUGAAAAACAGAGUAGUCAGAAGAUACUCUGUUCUUCCCGGUCGCGUCUCUCGCAACUAUCCCAGCACAGGUUCUUCGGUUCUUCUUCCUUUAAGACUAUCAUCACGCUCUUCCUCAUUAAUUCCAGAUGCAGAAGUUCUUGUCUGUGGUGGGUCGUUGCCUAAUGCCUUCAAUCAUGUCGAGAACGAACAUAUCUUCGUCGGUGCAAGCAAAACAUGUGGUCGAUUGAUGAUUACAGAGAAGAACCCAAAUUGGGUUAUGGAGGAAAUGCCGAUUGAACGAAUAAUGGGUGACAUGAUUUUGUUACCAACAGGAGAUGUAUUGAUCAUCAAUGGAGCAAAAAAGGGUUCUGCUGGUUGGGAUUAUGCGAGAGACCCUGUUUUGAAUCCUCUUCUCUACCACUCUGAUUUCAAUUCAGAUUCUAGCAGGUUUGAGGUGAUGAGUUCUUCGGCUAGGCCGCGAAUGUAUCAUUCAACGGCUCUUUUGAUUCCCGAUGGUCGUGUUUUGGUAGGUGGAAGCAAUACACAUAAAACUUACAUUUUCAACUCUCUCUACCCAACUGAUUUAAGCAUUGAAGCUUUCUCUCCACCAUAUUUGACCUCGAAAGCUCGUCCCCGUCCCCGGAUUAACUGGAUUAAACCUAGUGAAAAGCUUGUUUACGGUAGGAAAUUUUCAGUGGGAGUUGAUUUUGGAAGAGCAGAAGAGUUUAAUGGGACACUUGAUUUGACAAUGGUGGCACCAAGUUUUACUACUCAUUCAUUUUCUAUGAACCAGAGAGUGUUGUUUCUGGCCCUCGAUGGAGUGAAGAAGAAGAGCGACGGCGGCUUUGUGAUAAAUGGUAAUGCGCCGGAGACGGCGGCAUUGGCUCCUCCGGGAUAUUACCUUAUUUUUGUUGUCGGCGAUGGUGUGCCAAGUACAGCAAUUUGGGUGCAUAUUCACAGUCGCUAGUUAUAUUGUAAUUGUUCUAUUUAGUGUGUUAUAAUAAU